UAGGCCAAGCGCUGAGCAACAUUCAACCUUUUUCAGUUGAGGAUUAAGAUUUGUUAACGAUCCAUAGUCGUUUUAUCAAAUAUCCACAAUAUUUUUGGAGCGCAACUUCUUAAGCACAAAAAACAUGGUCGUUCUUUUAAUCCUCGGUCUGGUCUCUGCGAUCCUAAUGACCCUGGUGUUCGGGGCUCUCAAGCUAUUGGGUCUGAAACCGCCAUUAAUUUUCGACAAAUACCCACUGAAAGGUAUCUUCUAUCGGGUGAAGUUUUGGCUCGCUUUAUUGGUCCUUCGACGCUUGAGAUACCGCAUCUAUCGAAGGAACGAGGAGUUGCUGGGAUCCGAGGAACAUCUGGCUAAAAUCGACAGACCCCAGGAGCUGGGCAACGAUCCCAAGAGCUACGACGUGGUCAGCUUUAUGGCUGCCAAUGAGGAGGGACAGAAACUGAUGGUUACUUUGGAGAGAAGAAGACGUGGAGUCCUAAAGGCAGCCUUGUACCUAUGGCUUCCAGGGAGGGGCUUGUUUAGUUCCCCCAAUCUCCCCGAUAUGAUAUAUUUCACCACCGAAGACGGAGAAGAGGGCCACGAGUUCCGGGGUGGAGGCUUCCAUGUUUAUCAGGAGGAAUCAAUGAAAGUUUGGCGGAUUAAAUAUGAGGGUGUAUUGAAGAGCCAAAGAGAUUCAGUAGAGGCAAUACCAGUAGACUUGGACCUACGCUUCAAGAGCUCCUCCGCUGAACACUUCGACUACAACCGGGAUCUGAGUUCAUCCUUGAUAGCCGACUCCAUAGCCAGAGAGGCCUGGAACGAGAAGUUCUACAGUCUGAUUAGAAGUGUCAAUCAUAUUGUGGAAAAGCGAACCCACUACGAACAGAAUGGCGAACUUUCGGGAAAGAUCGUCUUCAAGGGUGAGGAGAUCGCCCUCAAAAUGCUGGGCUUUCGUGAUCACAGUUUCGGAACCGAGCGUUGUCUGAGUUCCAUUAACCGAUAUGUCUACUUCGCCUUGUUUCUGGAUGAUGGCAGCAGCAUGGUAGUGGGAAAUCUCAGCCAGCCCUCCUUUUUCCUGUCCUCUUUAAAAGUGGGCUACGUCUGCAGUCCCUCGGGAAAGUAUCAACCUCUGACUUUCAGUAAUUUUGAGCUGUACUCCUACGGCGAAAAGGGAAUCCCGCCCCAGCAUCAGAACUUCAUUGUGCGCACCGAGGAGAAGGAGUAUCUCAUCCAGAUCCAAGUGGAGGGAUCUGCAGUGCGGUAUGUGGGCGGAGAUUGGGAGUCCAAGGUGUUCAAUCAGUUUGUGGCCUGUACGGUCAAUGGGGUCACUGGUCAAGGACACGCCGAGUUCCUGUAUCGCAACAAGGGGGGCAGGCCGGAGGCUAUAUCCUCUAGAGACCCCAGCUGGUACCAGAACAUCAAGCGCUUCGAAAGAAGCCUCUCUUUACUGGACGAGCAGGAGGAUGGGGAUUUCAUUUUCUAGAAAUCCGUGGGACCAAUUAAGUCAUUUUUGUUUUUAGUCUUAAGUUUUUGUAUGGGGAGUAUAUAAAAAUAAAGUUAAUUUAUGUAA